UAAUCACUCUUUAUUUCUCACCAGUUAUUGUAUUAAUUUUGUAAGUUUGCGAAUAAUUACGCCAAUAAUCAACAUUUUGCGCUACUUCUGUGCUUCGCAAAACAUCUAAAUGAACACACCAAAUGAAGAACCGUUGAUUAUGGAAAACAAACCAGAUAAUCAUCGGUUUAAAAACUGGAAACACAAAGGAAGAGACACAGAGUCCAUGAGAAGACAACGUAAUGACAUGUCAGUAGAACUACGCAAACAGAAGAGAGGCGAUCAUCUUUUGAAACGAAGAAAUGUCCCAAUCGUUGAGGACAGUCUUGAUGAAUCUGAUUCCGAAACCAAACCGACAUCAUUAAAAUUGGACGAAAUUGUGGAAAAUGCGAAAAGUACCGAUGAAGCAGUCCAGUUGAAUGCUGUGCAGCAAGCAAGAAAACUUUUAUCCAGUGACCGUAACCCCCCUAUCGAUGAUUUAAUAAGAUCAGGAAUUCUCCCAAUCCUUGUAAGUUGUUUGGAACGAGCAGAAUAUGCGUCGCUUCAAUUUGAAGCAGCAUGGGCGCUCACUAACAUUGCAUCUGGCACAUCUCAACAAACACAAGCUGUAGUAGACGCAGGAGCUGUUCCACUUUUCUUAAAGCUUCUGCAUUCUGAACAUCAAAAUGUGUGUGAACAAGCUGUGUGGGCUCUUGGUAACAUCAUAGGUGAUGGACCAGCACUUCGAGAUUACGUAAUCAGCCUUGGAGUUGUCCAACCUUUAUUGAUGUUCAUCAACCCAGAAAUUCCCAUCAGCUUUUUAAGGAAUGUAACUUGGGUUGUUGUUAACUUGUGCCGAAACAAAGAUCCUCCACCACCAGUUGAAACAAUCCAAUCUCUUCUUCCUGCUUUGUGUGAAUUAAUCCACCAUCCUGAUACAAACAUCUUGGUGGACACUGUGUGGGCUUUGUCAUACUUAACGGAUGGUGGAAACGAACUUAUUCAAAUGGUUAUCGAUUCAGGGGUUGUCCCUUAUCUGGUACCCCUUCUUACACAUGCAGAGGUUAAAGUUCAGACUGCAGCAGUGCGUGCUGUUGGAAACAUCGUUACUGGAACAGAUGAACAAACACAGGAAGUUCUUAAUUGCGGAGUUUUGAAACAUUUUCCAGCUCUAUUGUCGCACCAUAAAGAAAAAAUAAAUAAGGAAGCUGUAUGGUUCUUAUCAAACAUAACCGCUGGCAACCAGUCACAAGUACAAGCUGUUAUUGAUGCAGGAUUAAUACCACAGAUUAUUGCCCAUCUAAGCAAAAGCGAUUUCCAGACACAAAAAGAAGCAGCAUGGGCGAUUUCGAAUCUAACAAUAUCUGGAAAUAAAGAACAAGUCGUGUAUGUGUGUGAACAAGGGGUAAUUCCCCCAUUCUGCAACCUUCUGGUUGCAAAGGAUAAUCAGGUGGUGCAAGUUGUAUUGGAUGGCAUCAACAACAUUCUAAAGAUGGCUGGAGAUAAUGAUACUAUUGCUACAGUGAUUGAAGAAUGUGGGGGAUUGGACAAGAUUGAAAUGCUACAGAAUCAUGUGAAUGAAGACAUCUACAAGCUUGCAUAUGAGAUAAUUGAUCAGUUCUUUUCUGGAGAUCCUGACGGAGAACUUGCCCCAGAUGAAAAUAACAUCGGUUUCCAAUUUGACCCUUCAGUAUCUUUACCCAUUGAUGGACAGUUCAAAUUCUAAACUUGGUGAAAUCCCCCAAUGUGAGAAUGAAUGGAUGAUGUAUGCCUGUGAUGGCCGAUAGAGGUUCGGCGUAAAUAUUUUAAGGUUUUAAAAACGUGUGAAUGCGUUGUAUGCUGCACUUGGGAUCAGAAUUAUGAAUGAAAAUGUAAAUCUCUCUCCUGAGCUUUUCUUGUAUAUAGCUUCCAACACAUCUUUCAGUGUUUCCCAACAAUUUCUGGUUUUACACUCAAUUCUGGCAACACUUCGAACGUCGUUGUGAUUUUAAUGAAGAAAAUCUUGGCAAAUCAGUUAACAGUAGUUUCUAGCAUGAUCGAACUUAUUUAAUAUUUGAAAUGUUCUAAUAAACAUGGGUCUGCGUACAU